CAAUCACGGUUUUACCGAAAUGGUGUCAAACGAUACUGUGGUGUUUUAGAUAGUUGCAGUUGAUUUUCACGCUUUAAAAGUAGUGAUUUGUGUAGUUAGUGCCAUUAAUGAACUUUUGCAGCAGAAUUCAGGUCACCCAAACCGGAUAUUGGCUGAUAUAUGUGAAUUGAAAAGUCGAAUGAAAAAGUUUCCAUAAUGGCACAGACUUUUGGAAGGGCUCAAAGGUAAAAUGCGAUAAACGCGUCUGGGGCAAAUUUGCUUUCAUACGAUCAGAAGAGAACAAAAGACCGAGAGGAAAUAUUAGUGGUCCAAUUAACUUUUGAUUAUCAAUUAAUCUUUGCGAAUCUUUUAAUGAUAAUAACGCUCGGUGAAAAGUCGAGAUUAAUUUUUCGUGAAGCGUUUGAUCCAUGUCUAUAUUGCUAGUGACCUGGAACAGUAAUUAAAAUGCCAGGAAUUGACGUAUGUGUGCUCACAAGACUUGAACAAUGCAGUCCAUGGAUAGUGCUUGUCUAGGAAACAUAUUGGAAUUGAAGUCACGCAGUGAAUACACAUCGUCACAGGAAUAUCAGGAUAUGUGUGCUGAAUUCGCAGAAGUAAAUAGUAUCACAAAAAGAAGAGAUAAUCAACAUUGCCUGAUAACGUCAGUUUAAAUCUAACGUGAGAGUCGAACAUACAAAAUAAAAAUUUUGUAUCUAGCGUUCAUUCCCGGCUGGAACUCAACACACAACAUCGUUCUAAAUAUCGCAAUAAUCAACACAUCUAACCGUUGGAAAACACUUCCUCCAAUUCGUCAUCCUAUCCACCAAUAAAAAUAACUGCAACAACAAUGAACGGUCUAAGUUUUGGCGAAUUAUGCUGCCUGUUCUGUUGCCCACCAUUUCCCGGUAGGAUAGCGGCUAAACUGGCCUUCUUGCCUCCCGAUCCUACAUAUAAUUUGACUCCGAUCGAUGAAAGCAAAGCCAAAUAUCUACUCAGCUUUAAUGAGCGUGCUGAAUGGCCAUAUUCCGAAAGGGAGAAAGAAAACGUUGAAGGAUUCUUUACCCGUACUUCACGAGGCAAUAAAUUGUCCUGCAUUUACGUUCGAUGCUCUCCUAAUGCCAAAUACACUCUAUUGUUCUCUCACGGCAAUGCCGUCGAUUUGGGACAAAUGAGCAGCUUUUAUCUGGGCUUAGGGUUGCGUAUCAACUGCAACAUAUUCAGCUAUGAUUAUUCGGGUUACGGUAUGAGUUCAGGCAAACCCUCGGAAAAAAAUCUGUAUGCAGACAUUGAAGCAGCUUGGCAUUCUUUACGAACACGUUUUGGUGUUAGUCCGGAAAAUAUUAUUCUAUAUGGCCAAAGUAUUGGAACAGUGCCAACUGUGGAUUUGGCAUCGCGGUUCGAAGUGGGCGCUGUUAUCCUGCAUUCGCCACUAAUGUCCGGAAUGAGAGUCGCCUUUCCAAACACUAAGCGGACGUGGUUUUUCGACGUAUUUCCAAGUAUUGACAAGGUCUCCAAGAUAAGCUCCCCUGUGCUCGUUAUUCACGGCACUGAAGACGAAGUGAUCGACUUCUCUCACGGAUUGAGCAUUUACGAAAAGUGCCCAAAAGCCGUAGAGCCACUCUGGGUAGAGGGAGCUGGGCAUAACGAUGUAGAGUUGUACAAUCAGUACCUCGACCGUUUGAAGAAAUUUAUUGCUAUCGAGCUCAUCAACUGACAAUUAAAACAUGCUCCUGGUCAACCACCGCCUCAACAGUCUUCGGCAACGGCUGGAUCUUCCACUUCACUUGGCAAAAGUCCAAAACGGGGCCGACUUGGAUCCAGCAGCAGUUCUGCUGACAAAUCCGGCACCGUUCCCGAAAGUAGUGGCAACAAUGGUGAUCAAUCAAAGAGCAGUUCUAAUAGUGCAAUUGCUGGGUCAUCGAAUAAUGAAAAGUUGUUAUAGCAUUCGUUACCGGGGCCCAGCACGGCUUACGGCUGUAACUGUAUAAAGGCAAGACAUCAAAGAUCCAAUCAUACUACCAUUAGCAGUACGGUAAGAAAAGAGCUAGCAUCAUACGAAAACCCACAUCAACCACCACCGGUGGUU